AGAACUUGUUAUACUGUCCUUAUCAGAGCCAUGUGUCCCUGGGAGAUUUGGAUUUAGUAUUUCUGUUGAAGAUCAUUUGUUGCGGACAAGUGGACAAUGUGGGCAGACCCCUAAACCGUGAGGAGAGUUGAUUUUGACAUAUUCAAGGGCAGACGAAUGGUUAGAGUUUGCUUUUUUAGGAGCGGGACAGUGUGUUGCUUUCGAAGUGACUUUUGAAGGUUCGGCGCUGUUUGCAUUGUGUGAAAAUUGGGAAGCAGCGGAGAGUGGGAGCAGAAUGGUGCUGAUUGUGGUAGAGAAUAAUAAGGGGCAAAUGGAAUUGUAUGUCGAUGCACUAUCCCAGUCCCGCUUGCAAGUGCAUGCGAUUUUUCUUAUCAUUUGUUUCCUGCUUCAGUAAAAGUAGAGACGAAGCUGCUAAGCUGACAGGUGCAUAUAGAUGCAAGAAAGAGAACAGCGGUAAGAGGAAUGCAAAUCCAAAGCCAGCAUUAGCCAACCCUUCCGUGAUUAUUGACGCUGUUUGGGUUGCCGAACACUCUCGCCAGGUGUCGACGAUGCUUGUUGGAGUAAUGGAUGUGGUUGGUAGAAUUAUGUUUGCUUCUGAGGAUGCUUCAAGAAACUCGACAUCGAUGUUGUGGUAGGUCAUCGUCCUUAUACGAUAUCAGGCCACGAUAUGGUCUUGCUUUGAAUAAAAAAAUCCGUAAGGCUUAAAACGUCAAGUUGAAGAUGGUCUUUGUUUGGUGCGGCGCUUGAGCUGGGCAGUGAGGGCAGUGGCAUCUGCGUCUCCUUUGAACCUUUGAAAAUGAUGAGCACCUUCUUCUGAGUAUUUCUAUCUUGCAUAUUUUCAUGUUUCUAGUGGAUUGUGGGAAAAGCUUGCCACCAUCGAUGUUCUUAGUACGAUUGUUUGCUCGGUGCAAUACAGAUUAUCAUUACUUGUGAAUAUUAAUGGAGGUUCUGCUAGAACUGUUUGGGACAAUUUAUAUGCAAACAUAUCAGUUGUAUCUGCACGCUUCAAGUCCGCCGUAGCUGUGGUUAGUGAAGCAGUGACAGUCAGCUUCAUGUUCCACUUUCUUGGUGUUGAGACUUAGGAUUUUGGAAUACUUAUACUAUUUUUUAACUUUGGGUUCCUUGUGUGAUCCAAAAUGUUCUACAGACUAAGAUUGUCGCCCAUAACAUGUAUGCUAUUGCACUUUUUAGCUUAAGCACACAUAGCCGUGUAAAGAUUUUGGGCAACCAACAGGUUGUUUAACACCUUGCACAUGUCCAUAAUAAUGGAAGAACAGGGGGUUAGUUCUGAUUCACCCUUUUGACAUACCCACACUGCUGAUUUGUGCACACUUCUUUGGCUUUAAGUGUUUUAUCUCGUAUUUUGAUUAAUUUUGUUGUGGUCAUGAUUCUACUCUCUGCGGACAUAAAUGAGAGACAAGGCGUUGUGGCAAUAGUCACUGUAAUUGGGUUUGUACAUGGUCGUAUCUAUGCUUCCGCGCGGGAGUCGCUGCAACGAGCUAUCAUGGACCUAAAGAAAGACUUUAUAUCGACUUUGAGAUCGAGACCCGACCCUUUUUGUGGUGAUGCAGAGCGGGUUGUUCAAGAUGCUUAAUGUCCAAGCUAUUGAUCACGAACAUGUUACACUUACAAUUGGUUCUGAAGUACUUAAUGUUACAGUGAAUAGAAUGAAAUCGCCUCAAAUGCUUUCAACACAACUAAUAAUCGUACAAUCAUCACUCUAGCAUAAACAAUGCCAAUUGCAUGGCAUGUAAUAGUCCAAUUAAGGUCCGAAUUGGCAUUCGGCUGUGGAGAUCUACGUUGCGUGCCGGAAUCCUUCAACGCCUCUAACUCUUGUUGAGCUGAAGUUACAAUUGCUAAGACUAGGUGAAGGAAAGGGCCGAUGGCACAACUGCUGAAAACUCAGGCUGAAUAAUUUGAGAAAUCAGUUAAAUUCUUGCUACCUACAAACAACUCCUCCCAUAACUCUUUGACGUCCUGCGUAAGCACAAACUGAACUGUUUAAUUAUAGUUUUACUUCUUUUGGUAGGAAACUAAUGCCGCGUUGAUAGGUAUCAGGGUUAUAGAUCCCCAGGGCACUGAUCAGCUUUCGGCCUUGAAUAACCCGAUGUAGAAAAUCGUCACCAUUCUCAUGGAGAUCAGUACUGUUUUCCAGCUUUUGGGUCUCCAAUGCUCGAAUCCUCCGACAGUUGAAACCCUCAUCUUCAAUGUAAUACAGCACCUGAGUCGAAUCCAACUUCGACCACAUGGCUCACACCUAGUGCAUCUCAAAAGGAAUAAUCUCUUUUCCAUGGAAUUACUCUUCCCCAGUGGUGAAAUUCGUUAUCAGAGGUAUAUUCUUUCGAGAAAAUAAAGGUUCGAAGUGCAACUCAUGCCUGUCGAAGAAUGCGCACUGGCUCUCAUCCGUUCGAUGAAGUGUGCACCCGCCGUGAUUGUUGACGAGCUCCUUUUUCAGAGUCUUGUGCGAAGUUACGGACUUCGUCAAUCUCCAGCGUGGAUCAUGUUGCUUUUCUUUUGUGUUUAUUAUUCCGUCGUGAUGCUCACCUGGAGAAUGCGUCAUGUCGACGACGUCAGUGAAUGGGAUGGGGCAAUUACUCGGAAGAAGUCAAGCUAUGUUCUUAUGCAAUCAGCCAGUGACGAUGAGCGAAAAUUGGAGCAAUCGUUGAGCUUUUGUACUCCAGAGAGUUGGGUGUCGAUUGUCGAUUGGCAUAUGAUGGCUGAGUUGCAGGAUUCCUGAAAAAGGUUGAGAUUGUCGAGUUGGGUGUGGGGAUUGCUCCAAGUAUCCAUGGGUUUAGGGUUGUGGCACUACGCCACAUCGGGGGUCUUGCAAGCGCAGUUCGCGCAGAGCUCCGGGGCGGACAUUCCCGUGAAGCUCGGGGAUUCGAACGAUGUGUCCUGGCUGUCGGAGAUGCCUCGCAGCAAGAGAGCUCAUUUUGUUGAUUUAGCGUUGGAGCAUGGGGAAGACACCAAAUGUUUGAGAAAAGAGGGUGAUUAUGGUUGUGAGCUGCGUUCGAGUGGUCGUGCGAGAAGGGUAUUAUCAUCGAGGGGAGGUGCGAAGAGUUCCAGGAGAUUUGCUGGACGUAGCAGGGUUCGCCGCACCUUGACAUCCACGGAGGAAAUUUCGCAAGGAUCGAAGUCGUUGUGGUGGAGCGACCUAGGGGAGAGGACGUUGGGGAGUUCUAUUGUGGCGAGUGCGUCAUCAGGGUUCUCGUUUUGGCAUCCGUUUUGGGAAAAUGCAGGGAAUUCCAAAGCGGAUGAUAGUUUGGAGAUUAGCGAAGCUGGAGAUGGAGGUGAAGGUGAUAGUGGAAUUCGAGGUGGGGGUGGUGGGGAUGAGGGGAAUGGCGGGGAUGGGAGUAGUGGCAAUGACGGAAGCGGAUGGGAAAUAGAGAGGGAGGUUCUGGUUAGUAAUGGAGUUGAGAAGGAGGAGGGAGAUGAUGAACAGCAACAUGGCAAGGAAGCGCCUGUUAAGAAUCUGGAUCAGCGCGCACCGGUUCUGGCGUCCUUGACCUCCACAUCAGGAGAUGCUUCAGGUGGAAAGGGGCCCUUUGAUAAUCUGCCACUUGGAAGGAAUAAUAGAGCUGGGGCUGCGGAGCAUUCGUCUGCAAAGGUGCCCUCCAAAGCGUCCGACAAGGGCUAUUUGGUUGGUUCUAAUGGAAUGGAAAACGAGCGAGUUGCGUUGAAGGAUGAAGCCUCUGCAUACGCGACGCAGAUUAUUCAGCAGAACAAUGGAGAUGAGACUCCUGCAAAGAGCUCUGAGAUUGCUGCCUUGAGGAGACUACAGCGUGAGACUUUUUCAGAUUUGUUGGGAGUCAGAGAGCGUCUGGAUAGACUUGAGUUUCACACAGGCCUACGUCCAUCAAAGGGGCAAACUUCGCUUGAAGGAGGUGGUGCUAAGACGAAACUGAAGGGGGAAGUUUGUUCUGGCGGUGCUUUCGUUUUAUUGGACGAUGAGAGCAGUCGACACUCCCGUGCUGCGCUCGAGCAAGCUGGUCUUCACACAGGCCUGGAUGUGCGCUUCACAUUCGAGACCUCUUACAGGGAGAGAGAUGUGAUGAUCACGGAAUGUUCAGCUGGGCACUCUGGUAGUGAUGGCAGCAUACUUGGGGGUCCCAUUUCAGUUACCAAGCUCGUUUACAAUGCUCAAGUUACAGAUGAUUUAAAUGUUGUGGUUGCGCCCCUAGGAGCGCGUGGUAGUGAUAUCACGGAGACUGUGAACCCAUUGCAGGGUCAUGCAUUGACACAAUUUGCCAAGGUAGGACCUUCCAUGUACCACGAUUGUGUGGGUUCCGCUUUAGGAGCUACUUUGAGAGGAAAAACGGCGCUCGUUUCAUUGUCACAGUUCCUUUCUGGCUGGGGCACUGGGUCAUUGUUAUCUGAUGGGCCAGCGAAUAGUGGGCCUCUCUGUCUCAGCACCCUGGCACAUAUUAUGUUUCAACCGUGGGAGAACUCUGUGUUCUCGCUCUCGGCAGUUAAUCGCUUUUGGCCUAGUCCUCCCUUGCCUUCUUUCAGAGGUUUACACUGGAGUGAAAUGGGACCACUAGUUCUCUCGAAGUCUCAUCAUAGUCGGAAAAAUUCGGGUUCCAGUAGCCCACCUGUGAACAGUCCCCGAGAUUUUCGAAUACCCAUGGACAGUUUAUCAAUGUAUGAUUUUCGAACAUCCAUGGACACAAGGCUACGUGAUUUUCGGACAUCAUCAGACAAUCCAUCUGGAUAUUCUGCAAACGCCUCAUGGGGAACACCUAAUGGUGAACCAGAUCGUGGAAUCAUUACUAUUCCGGAGACACAUGGCAGUGCAAUGCAGUCAAUUGCAGUAGCUGGUGAAAUUGAUGUUGGUGCAAAUGUGAGCCUUGCAGGCUGGGCCCAGGCUGACCGAGAGUACUGGCUCCAAGAAGGCGAGAACAGAGAAAUCGAAUGGACAGUGAGCCUUACAAAAACUGUCGGGACAACGGCUGGUUGGGGUUUGUGUGUGGGUAGCUCAAAAGUGGACUUGUGGAACUCUACCAGAAACGAAGAUCUUAGAUAUACUUGUGCUGAAGAUGGUUUAGGUGGAUCAUGUGACAUGCAAUUGCAAAUGGAGGCAUUUCUGAAGCUUAGUAUGGGACGUGGUUUUACUCUACAACCUGGUUUAGUGUAUCUUCUAAAUAAACAGUCACAAACCCCUGCUUUCGUACUGCGCUCUUCGUGGGCACUCUGAGUGCGGUUUCGUGUUUGCAACCUUGUGUAUCAAUGUGAAUAGUGGUUGUCACAUGGUUCUUCAACUAUAACGUGUGUAAUGUAGUAUUACUGCACCUCAAUAUUUCAUAGAAGUUCGACGUUUUGUGGCAAGCUGUCGAUCUGUAUCACGAAGUAGAACUUCUAUUUUAUAGAAUUGUCAUUUUUUCUUGCA